AUGCCUAGCACAACACCGGUCAUGUUCUCCGGACUUGCCCCUGUUAUCCAGCAAUGGGCCUCUAAGCUUCCGGGCAAAGUGGCAAUCGUUGAUGCUGGCCGAAAAGUCACUUACCAAGAGCUAGAUGCGUUCGCCAAACAAUUUGCUGUCCAACUUCUCCAAGGAGGCCUGAAGUACGAAGACCCCGUUGCUAUUCUGACCCGCCAUGGGGCGGACCACAUCGUAGCCCAAGCUUCCAUUCUCUAUGCCGGCGGCACUUGCCUUCCGCUAGACCCUUCUUUGACUUUAUCGGAUAUGCAGACGAGAGUCGACGCCGCCAAAGUGCAGUUCCUGAUCACGGAUGAGACCUACCAGUCAACCACCAUUGCAGUUACUUCCCGGUUCGUCGUAACACCCACUACGGACCAUGGCACCCUAGCGCCCCCAAUAGGGGAGAGGAAGCCCUGGUCCCAGACGUCCCGGCAUCCCUGUGCUCGGCCACUUUUCCAGCGUCGGUUUCGACGCCUCCUCAUCGACAUCUACGGCGCGUUAUUGAACGGGGCCACCAUCGCAGUGAUCGAUCGGCAAGCAGCCCUGAGCCCCGAUUUGCUAGCCGAGGCUAUUCAUAGUGCUGGUAUCACAUCCAUGUUCCUUACCUCGAGCCUCUUCAAUAUAGGGACCGGUCAGCUCUAUCUCGGCGGGAUCGGUCUUUCAAGGGGAUACCUUGGCAAUGAGGAGAAGACGAGGGAGGUAUUCUUCGAGGUUCCGGGCCUUGGGCCUCGAGACGAGGCCAUCCUCGUUUACCGUACUGGUGAUAUUGUCAAGCGCAACGCUCAGGGAGAUAUGGUAUGGAUGGGACGCAAAGACAGAGAGGUCAAACUCCGCGGCUUCCGCGUCAACCUUGACGUGGUUGAGGCGGAACUCCUGUCCACCCAUCUGAUUAGAGCCACCGCCGCAAUCAAAGUCCAGCUCCCAGACCAAUUGUCCGCGUCUCUCGUUGCGUGCGUCUCCCUCAAGGACCCGAGCAUCAGUACAGCCGUCCUUGAUGCAGCGGUUAGAAAACGGCUGCCCGCUCAUAUGGUCCCGCAACUCGUCGUGCUGGAUGACAUGCCCCUCAACCGAAGCGGUAAAAUUGACCGGCAAAGGGUGUCCAAAAACCUAGUGACGGCUCUACAGCGUAUGCAGGAUGGCCGUGAGGGAAUCCUCGGCGGUGAUUGCCCAGAUAGCGGGCUCACUGACACCGAGAAACGGGUCGCGGUCGUGUGGCUGCGGGUCCUUGGCACGGUACCUGCCUCGAGCAUCACGCGCAACUCAGAGUUCUUCGCACUCGGUGCCACAUCCUUAGCCGUGGUCGCUCUCAUCGGCGAGCACCCUACUCUGGGUGGUCUUGCCUCGGUCAUCGACAGAAGAGACGCGGUAGAUGAUUUCAGGGACAUCGAACUCCUCAAAGAGCAGUGCAAACGUGACGCAGGGUUGUGGAGCACCAUAACCUGGUCAGAGCGCACACCCCGAGUACGGAACUGGAUGGCCAGUGAUGAAGGCAAAGUCUUCAUCACGGGAGCAACCGGCUUCGUCGGUGCAUUUCUCCUCGCAGAUCUCCUCGCCUUGCAGGAAGUCAAGGCCGUUAAAUGUCUCGUUCGUUCCCGGUCGCCCGACGAGGGCCGCAGGCGACUUGUCGCCAACCUCAAAAAGUACAAUCUCGGAGAAUGCCAUCCCGAUCUUCUCUGCAAGCUCGAGGUCGUCAGCGGUGACUUUUCGCUACCGAAAUUUGGCCUCCCGGAUGGGGACUUUGCCUCCCUAGCAGGAUGGGCAAGCGUCGUGUACCACCUAGGUGCGCAAGUCAACUAUAAUCAGCCCUACUCGGCGCACCGGGCAGCCAACGUUCUUGGCACCUUGCAUAUGCUCCAGUUCGCAGUCACCGGGAGGGUCAAGCCUUUGCACUACACGUCGAGUAUCGCUGCGUACGGACCCACGCGUCUAGCUGGUCGCGACGUCAUCUCCGAGGAUGAGCCUUUAACCCCUUUUAUUGAAUCCUCGGUGCUCUACGAGGGAGGCUACGGACAAAGCCAGUGGGUGGCAGAUGAGAUCGUGGCAGCCUUGAUGCGGAAGGGCCUCCCUGCAGCGAUCUAUAGACUAGGAUUUGUCUUGUGCCACAGUAAAACCGGGGUAGGGAAUCCGGAUGACUUUGUAGGCCGGCUGCUAGUCGAUUGCGUCGGGAGGAAGGCGUACCCUUUACUGAAGAAUCAACGCAAGGAGCUGCUCCCAGUCGAUUACGCUGCCUCGGCCAUUUUGGCCAUCUCGAAACAAGGCGAAAAUCUUGGCAAGGGGUACCACAUCAUCCCGGAUAUGGGGAAAGCUCUCGAUCUGAUUGACCUAUUUGAGAUGACCGCCAGUGCUACAGGUAUCGAGAUGAGGGGCAUCGAGUACUCGAGUUGGGUGGAAAAUGUGAAGGCAGGCAAUGACUCGGCGUGCCGGCUGGGACCACUCGUGCCAAUGCUCGAGGAACGAGUGCGGGGAGAGCAAACGCGCUGGGAGCUUUACGAGGAUAUGGCGAGGUUCAAGUCCGACAAUACAGCACGGGCACUGAAGAUGGACGGAGGAGUACAGCGGAUGCAUGUUGAUGAGGAUGUACUUAGGAGGUAUCUCCACACUUUGGGUCUUUCGACGAAGUGA